AUGGAGCUGAAGAAGGAUGGAGGAGGAGGAGGUGGUCCUUGGUCCUCUGCAGGAGCCUCUUCUUCUACCUCAAACCCUGCCUGCUACAGGACCACCCUUGUGGUCUUCUUCACCAUCUUCCUUGUUAUAGGGUGCUUUAUAGGCCUGAUUAUUGCCUACAUGGUGCAGGAGCAGCAUUAUUUCAUGGAGACGCUGGAGCUGAAAGGUCUGAAGUACGAUCCUGUUCUGCAGGAUGAGAACUCUGGUUUCUCCAUAGUUCUGUCAUCAGUUUUAAAAUCCAAGAUUAAAAAUGUCUUCACUGCCUCAUCAAUAUCGCAUCACUUUGGUGAUUGCAGUAUUGUUGCCUAUGGUAACAUUAAUGGGGACGUGAUGACGACGUUCAGACUGGUCUUCAGGGUGUCCAAGGUCCAGCAGUAUUCAGAUAAUUUUGUUCAGGACUUGAUGAGAGCCGGACUCAGCUCAGUGAUUCAUGGGGAGCCCCUGGAGGUGCCAGGAUUUGGAAAGAUCAGUGCUAUCAUCUUACUGGGAGCCAGCGGGAAAUCUUUCUAUGCUAUUGGAGAUGAUAGUAUGGCCAGGUGUCCUGACAACACCUUCACCUGUGACAAUGGAGAAUGCAUAACCAAAGUGAACCCGGAGUGUGACUUCAUCCCCGACUGUGCAGACGGAUCAGAUGAAGCGCGUUGUGCCUGUGGUACUCGUCCUGCGAUGGGGAGUCGGGUGGUGGGCGGUGAGGACGCUCGUCAAGGGGAGAUGCCAUGGCAGGUCAGUCUGAGGUUCCACAGACGCCACAUGUGUGGCGCCUCCAUCAUCAGCGAGCGCUGGCUGGUCAGUGCAGCACACUGCUUUGAGAGGGCCAAUGACCCCAGUGAGUGGACCGCCCUGGUAGGAGCCAGACUCGUGAGCGGCGAGGAGUCUGAGUCCAAAAUCAUUAACAUUAAGUCACUGAUAGUGUCUCCAGACUACAAUCCCACGACGACAAACUACGACGUGACUGUGCUGGAGCUGGAGACUCCUCUCACCUUCAGCGCUUACAUCCGGCCUGUCUGCCUGCCGUCCCCGUCUCACGUCUUCGCCCCUGGUCACACCUGUGUGGUGUCAGGGUGGGGGGCACUGCAGCAGUUCAACUCUGCUGUGCCGCCCAUCCUGCAGAAAGCUGUGGUGAAGAUCAUCGACACGAAGGUUUGCAACAAAUCAUCGGUGUACAGAGGAACUGUUACUCAAAACAUGAUUUGUGCUGGAUUCCUCCAGGGCAAGGUGGACUCAUGUCAGGGUGACUCUGGAGGGCCUCUCGUGUGUGAGUCGGCCCCGGGGAGGUUCUUCCUCGCUGGGGUGGUAAGUUGGGGAGAGGGCUGCGCCCAGGUCAACAGGCCUGGUGUGUAUUCCCGUAUCACAAGGCUCCGCAACUGGAUUUUAAGCCACACGGAUCCCAGCCUGGUCCUGGAUUAUUACCCCCAUCAAAUUCCCACUGCGCCAGUUUCUGUGACAGGAGGAAGCUUUAAUGACCUGUCUGUGCCCAGGACUACAGCCAUGGACGUAUCACCUGCACCAACGCUAUCUGUCUUCAACUGCAGUGGUAACUUCCAGUGUAGCUCCACCUCCUGCAUCAGCAAAGUCAACCCAGAGUGUGACGGCGUCCCAGACUGCCCCAACCAGGCCGACGAAAAGAACUGUGACUGUGGUGUGCGUCCUGCACUGGGCGCUCACAAGAUUGUGGGUGGAGUUACAGCUCGAAGGGGGGAGUGGCCUUGGAUUGGUAGUCUGCAAUACCAGAGACUUCACCGUUGCGGUGCCACACUCAUACACAGCAAGUGGCUACUCACAGCUGCACACUGCUUCAAAAGUGAUGCCAGCCCAGCUAACUGGGCUGUAAGCCUGGGAUCAGUGCUACGCUCAGGUGUAGGAGCCCUUGUCAUACCCAUCCAGAGAGUCAUCGUCAACCCAGCCUUCAAUGGCACCAACAUGGACCAUGAUGUUGCUCUGCUGGAGCUGACAAUCCCAGCCCCCAUGUCCUACACCAUCCAGUCGGUCUGUCUCCCGUCACCGGUGCACAGCUUCCUCAAGAAGGAAGCAGAGUGCUACAUCAUGGGCUGGGGAUCCAUGAGGGAAGGAGGUUCAUUGACCAACCUUCUGCAGAAGGCUGCAGUGAGCAUCAUUGAGCAGGCAAACUGCAAGCAGUCAUAUGGAACCGUGCUGACAUCUAACAUGAUGUGUGCAGGUUACAUGGAGGGAGGCAGGGACAGCUGUUUGGGAGACUCAGGAGGGCCGCUGACCUGCCGUCAGCGAUCUGGGCAGUGGUUUAUUGCUGGAGUGACCAGCUGGGGACACGGAUGUGGCCGAACAGGUUUUCCAGGGGUUUAUACUCGUGUGACGUCUGUCAGGAAAUGGAUAUCUACAUACCUUCCCUUCUAA